GGGACUGCCAACUUCAAAUCUGCCGCAAAAAGAGGGGAAGCAGCUCAGAUUUUCGAAAAUUUCAAACCCCCUCUCCCUCCAAGAUUUGUUUGGUCGGAUUUCGGGAACGGAUGGGAAGUAAGAAAGAUAAAGGUUUCUACCAUAGCCUUUCAAGAAAAGAGCUUCAAAGUUUAUGUAAGAAAUACGGUCUACCUGCUAAUAGGUCGAGCUCGGAUAUGGCUAGAUCACUGGCCUCCUAUCUAGAGAACCAGAGAUUGGGUUCAAUGACCACGAGGGCAAGAUUAUAUGAAAUUCAAGAGGCUGGACUUCCAUUGUCCCUGCAACUCCCUUUCAAGGAUGGUGAUAAAGAUUUCUAUGGACUCAUCUCUUGUCCAGCAGGCUGUUGUAAUGGAGUGAAUUAUUCUCAAGCUGUUAAAAGUAAUGGAUUGGAUUGUUGUCCAGGGGAUAAAUUUUAUCAUAAGGAUGACUAUGGUGGUGAUUCUAUUUUCUUCCAGCAAACACAGCGGCCUCAGUUGGUUACUCAGUAUAAUAAUAGUGGUUUUAAGAAUAAAGAGUUCCCAACAAUAUACGUCAACAGAAAUUGUUUGAGUCUUCCAAGAGGCGGGAAGAUGAAUGAUGUGCCUCAAAUUGGAAACAAAGAUGUGAAUGUUGGUGCAUGUUCUAAUGAGGCUGACUUUCAUUCCUCCUUAAACACUUCUACUGUUUCUUCCUCUUCUUUUCAGUUUCAUGUAAAAUCAGAAGAGGGCAUUAACCUUUUUGUUGAUUUAAAUUCAAACCCAUCAGAAUGGGUUGAGAAAUUGAGGAGUGAGGUUUCUAUAUGCCAGAACAUGUCCCAUAGCAAGUCUCAGAGUUUCCAGCAGUUGAAAAGUUCUUUUCAAUUGAAUGUAGAAGCUGGGAGAAUAGCAGAUGGCCAUAUAUACUCUGGAUUACCCCCAAGUUUGAUCAUAAAAGAACAUCAUGCAUUGCAGCUUGAUAAUUCAAAUGGAGAUGAAAGGCCCACAGGAUGGCCAUAUAUACUCUGGAUACCCCAAGUUGAUCAUAAAAGAACAUCAUGCAUUGCAGCUUGA